AUGAAAACAACGACACCUUCAUUAUUAUUCAGAAAAAAUGCUUUCAAAUCUUCAAUCAUCACAUUUCUGCAAGAGAUACAUCAAAGAAAAUCAGCGAAUCUUAGGUUGACGUUGGUUGAUGGGCUCAAAUUGGUGAUGAUUUCCGAAAGAGCUACCAAACCCUUGGAAUCUUAUGUUGAAAUAGAAGAAACGAAUCAAAUCUGCAACACCUCAAAACAAAGAUCAGAUACUUGCGAGAUGAAGGGCGAUGUAAGAAUUCAAGGGAAUUCUUCCACCAUUUUCGUGUUAUCUUCGCAUGGCAAAAAUGCCUCAUGGACAAUAAAGCCUUAUGCUCGUAAAGGCGACAUAAGUGCAAUGGAACGUGUAACAAACUUUACUAUCAAAGUGAUCCAAGAAAAAAUUGAAACCAUGCCCACAUGCACCAAAACUCACAAUGUACCCGUCAUAGUCUUUUCCGUUGGUGGUUACGCCGGGAACAAUUUUGUCACGCCCCCAAACUUGAACGGCGGAAACGUUCGGGGGCGGAGGACGUCAUAUUCAGUAUCAUAACAAUUCCAUAGUAAAGAAAGUACACACCACCAUAUAAUAUAUUUCAAAAAGUUUACAUGAUUGUAACUGUUACAUGUUCAAUAGUUAAAUAUAUAAUCAUGUUCCAAAAGAAGUUAUUAACGCCAGAGCGUUAAUCCCCAAAAGUUGUUGCAAACCUGGCUUAGCAGUUCCCUGAGAAUACAAGUUAUUUCAAGAAAAAAUGUCAAUAAUUAAGUUGGUGAGUUCAUAAGUAGUGCUUUGAGAGAAUGUAUGCCAUUCGAAAGUUCGUGUAUGUUUUCCAG